AUGAUCAGGUCAACACAAAUAGCCCGUCUGGGCGAUGGCCUGAUGCUCUGCGCCUCGGUCGACGACGAAGCCACCGAGUCCUCUCUCGCCGAGAUCAAGUCCCAAGUAAAACUGAUCCUGCGGCGCCUAAACCGCAACUCGGAACCCCAAGCUUCGAUCGAGUCCGGCCCUUACACCCUGCACUACCUAAUCUCAGAGCAGUCGCAAUCGCAAAUCGUCUUCCUCUGCAUCUGCGAGCGUUCCUACCCGCGCAAGCUCUCUUUCACCUACCUUUCGGACCUGUCGGCCGAAUUUAGCAACUCGUACUCCGCAACUCAGCUGUCCAGCCCCACGCUGCGCCCCUACGCAUUCAUGGAAUUCGACACGUUCAUCGCGCGGACGAAAGCCACGUAUGCGGACGCGCGGGCGACGCAGAAUCUGGAUAAGCUGAAUGAUGAGUUGAGGGACGUGACAAAGGUCAUGACAAAAAAUAUUGAGGAUUUGCUGUAUCGUGGGGAUAGUCUCGAGAGGAUGGGGGAGAUUAGCUCGAGGCUGCGCGACGAUUCGAAGAAAUACCGUAAGGCGGCUGUCAAGAUUAAUUGGGAUUUGAUGCUCAAGCAGUACGGACCCUUUGCAGUGUUUGGGUUGAUUGUGUUGCUGUUUAUUUAUUUGCGGUUCUUUUGA